GCUUUUUAUAAAAUUCAAUUAAUAAUUCAUUUUGCAUGGAAAACAUGGUAUGGUUGUGUAAAAUAAGUUUAUUCAAUAAUUUUCUGAUACUGUAAAGCUAUAUUAAAAUGGAAGUGACCGGAGGUGCCGAAGAGGGUUUCGUACGUGAAUGGACACCGUCGUCGCAUAUUUUAAAUUUAAUUCCACCUCGCAUACAAAAUGGAAUUUUUUCCAAUGAACUCUGCUUGACUUGUGUCGAUGCGGUCACGGAGUAUAUUGCAUUGGGGACAAACGUGGGCUUAGUGUACUGGUACGACCGAAAAAAGGGGAAUAUCCAAAGACUAAGAUGCGAGGCAACAACAAGCCCCAUCACUUAUGUGAAGAUUGUAAGCACAGUGGACUUCAUGGUGGGUGCUGGCAAUGCUGCAGGUCAGGUCACUGUGUUCCAGAUACCCAAGGAGCAUCCUGAGAAUGUCCCGGAUACACUAAAGCCUAAAGUAGAACCUAAAGUUGAAAGAUAUACAAUUGGAGAUCUUCAUAAAAGCAAGAUAACUGCCAUAGAAUGGUCCAAAAAUGGCAUGAGACUGUUCUCUGGCGACAAGAACGGUGUAAUCAUAAUGACAGAAAUAGACUUUUACAUGCACUUGUGCAAGUCUAUGGAGAUUGUGAACGAGGAGCACGAGAUAGUGCAAAUGAGCUACUACCAGAACACGCUGCUGGUAUCCAGUGUGUACCGGUGCAUCGUGUGCGAGCGACGCGACGCGCGGUGGCAUGUCUCACAACUGGGCAAGAAGGACCGCAAGAACUUGUGCGCGUUGGGCGCGGUGUUCUCGUACUCGUACGCGCGGGGCUCCGGCGGAGGCUCCGGCGGGGGCUCCGUCGGGGGCGCGGGUGCUGCGGCGUACUGCGCGCGUGCAGGCCUUCGGCUCUGGCGCGCAGACCGCGCCGGGCACGUGCACCAGACGCUCCUCUUCAAGGAAGCAAUAUCCAACCCCUUGACUGUAGCAGAACUGCUGAACCCGUCGCUCAAAAAGCACUCGCACUCAGACGGGGAAUACAACCUGGGACCACUGUUCGUAUUCCGCGAACAUUUCCUCGUGUCGCACAACGAACACUUCCUGUACAUCCUGGACCCGAGGUCGUUGACCGCGGUUGCUGUUGUGGAUGACCUCAGGCGGAUCCUGUCGGUGUCCGUGAACAAGGACGAGAUCUUCGUGUUGGAAGGUCCCCGCUCCCUGGUGCGACUCGCGCAUGCACCAGAGCCAGCCGCGAGGGCACCAGAGCAACCCAUCAACUUGAUGACGAAAUCGCUGACCACAUCCCUGCAGCAGGCGGUGAACACCAUGCGGGAUAUUACCCUCGACCAAACGGUACCCUACAUCACCAGCGUGCUCGAGCAACCUAUUUCUAUCUUCACCACCAAUGACGUCGAGACCGGAACCGUCGCCAGCGCUGAAGAAUGCUUCGAACUUCCCCCCAUUAAACAUCUCCCGAAUGAUAUCUCGAAUAAUGUCCUCGAAUCGAUUAUAAAUGAAUUCAGAGAUGUUUCGGCCGACGAUGAGAUCAGACGAGCCAAAUCUGAGGAGUUACAGAAGAAGUUGAAGUUGUACAACAGUAUAAUGGAGAAGAAGUGUGAUGAAGAACUGAUACACAGCAGGAGAAGUAGGAGGAGAGAGAGCGGCUCCGGGGCCAGCACUCCUCGGCUUGCGACCCCUGUGAGGAAAUUGGAGAAUGUUAGCUACACCAGUCCAUGUUUUAUGGACAUCAGCAUAUAUAACAACAUACCAAAUGACGAACUUCUAGAACAACAAAUUGAAGAGAAAGAAAAGAUCUUAGCUAAAAUGCUCAACCUGGAGUCCCUUAGCAUCGCCAGUCAUAAGCCGGAAGAAAAUGACGACGUAACAAGGGAAGUCACUGUAGUACCUACUUACAAAAUUGACUUCGAAUCGGUAAAUGAAAUUGAAAAACCGGUCACGCCGAAACGUCUAAUAGCGGACAUUAAACCGGAAGAAAUUAAACCGGUAGAUAUUAGACAGCCGGUAGAAACCGGUAAAGUAAAAACUCCUCCCACUUUUGACCUGGUUCCCAAAGUAAUGCAGUUACCAAAUAAUUGGAACCUCGAGAAUAUUGAACUAAAAUUGGAAAUGCAAAACGGUUUUGACGGGAAAAAAGUGCGCAAUAUCAUGUCACCAGAAGAUAACUUGGACAGCGAAUGGGAAAUAAUCUGAUAUAAUAAGAAACCAAAGUAAGCCAUAUUGGCCUUUGGUUUUUCGUAUAAAUAGAUGCCACGGCCGAAAAUCUUGAUUGGUCAAAAAUUUUGUUUCCAAAAAACUGUAUCAGUUUUUUUAGGUUAGGGUUUUUUUUAAUGAUAACGAUGGUUUGGUUGACAUGAUGAAUGCUUCAUGUUAACAUGACACCAGUAAAGGAUGAAAGGGAUGAAAUUAAACGUAAUUUUGGCCGGUUAUAGCGUUUAGAUUGUGACAAAAAUAAUGAUUCACGCUGAAUUAUAACAAAUGAUAUUAGGUAUAGAUAGUGAUAGUAUUAAUUUUACUUAAAAAAAGUACGUAUUGAGGUGUCGUAGACAUAUUGCACACUUGCAAAUUGAAGCUAAAGUAAAUGUUGUGGACCUUACUUAAAUAUGUCGGAGAAAUUGUAUUAGU